AUGAAGCUGGUUAUAGGAGUUCAGUACUACACUAAGAUUCUUGAAAGCAUGAGUCGAAGUGGUAAGAAGACACAAACUACUAAUCUACCCGCGACAGAAAGACUAUACACAGGAGGAACAAUUUCAGCGACAAGGGGACGCGAAAUUUCAAUGCGCGCCUUUCGGAUAGGGACGAGGUGUGAAGCUUUUCAAUUCGGAAAAAUUAGCGCAGUACUUCUAAAUAACGAAUGGUCGGAGAUGAAAAUGUUUGCUCAAUUUUUAGCCUUCAUUUUACUUACCCCAUUGGCGUCCGCCAAAUCAGCUAGACCAGGUCGUCUGUGUGUAAAGCUUGCAAAUUUCCACUAUGGACAGAAUAGUCACUACGUUAACAUCAAUAUCACCUUUUCGAAUGAGUCAUUUUUAUUUGCGGAUGUCAGCACUCUUCGUUCUAUUAGCAACCCACUUUGGAACCUGGAUGCCAGUCGAUGGAAUUUUGGUAAGGAAACCAAAGUGUUUGCUAACUGGACCUUGCGUGCUUGCGAUAUUUCUCGGUUCGCUUAUCGGAAUCCGUUUGUGAAUGCAUUCAGAUCAUUGAUUUCCAGCAUGUCCAAUAUGUCGUUGGCGUGUCCUUUCCCGGCCAACAAAUUCUUAGUUGCUGUUGAAUAUAAACUAUUGCAGCAAGCCCUUCCGCUGCGGUUGUUCUAUAAGCCAGGUACGGUUUUUAUUUUGAACCAUCGAUUUCUGGAUAAUAAAGAGUGUGAAGCUUUUCAAUUCGGAAAAAUUAGCGCAGUACUUCUAAAUAACGAAUGGUCGGAGAUGAAAAUGUUUGCUCAAUUUUUAGCCUUCAUUUUACUUACCCCAUUGGCGUCCGCCAAAUCAGCUAGACCAGGUCGUCUGUGUGUAAAGCUUGCAAAUUUCCACUAUGGACAGAAUAGUCACUACGUUAACAUCAAUAUCACCUUUUCGAAUGAGUCAUUUUUAUUUGCGGAUGUCAGCACUCUUCGUUCUAUUAGCAACCCACUUUGGAACCUGGAUGCCAGUCGAUGGAAUUUUGGUAAGGAAACCAAAGUGUUUGCUAACUGGACCUUGCGUGCUUGCGAUAUUUCUCGGUUCGCUUAUCGGAAUCCGUUUGUGAAUGCAUUCAGAUCAUUGAUUUCCAGCAUGUCCAAUAUGUCGUUGGCGUGUCCUUUCCCGGCCAACAAAUUCUUAGUUGCUGUUGAAUAUAAACUAUUGCAGCAAGCCCUUCCGCUGCGGUUGUUCUAUAAGCCAGGUACGGUUUUUAUUUUGAACCAUCGAUUUCUGGAUAAUAAAGAGUAUAUAGCCCAUUUUAGUUUACAACAUGUAAUAAUAUAUUGUUCACAAUGGGUUAAUAAAUAG